AUGUUCAGAAGAGUUCCCUUUUGUUCCCGGAAAGUCACAAGGGGCUUCAAUGCCCGAAGACUCGUCUCUAGUCGAACGGCAGCUGCCACAGUGAAGCCCAGAUGGAAAAUUCCCACAAUUUCAGCACUUUUGCUUUCUGCUGCUGCACUUUCCUGGUACUCAAUUCCUGUUGCUCUGGCUUUGGAGGCCCCAGGCAUCACCGUCGAGGAAUUGCAAAAACACACCUCUGCAGAAAGCGUGUGGGUAGCCAUCAACGGUAAAGUCUACGACUUGACAGGUUUCUUGUCCAGACACCCUGGAGGAGCCAACAUCAUCCUUAGUUACGCGGGAAAGAACGCCUCCACCAUCUUCAACAAGUACCAUGCUCCCAACUUCGUGGACAAGUACUUGACUCCCGAGGAGUGCUUGGGUCCUUUGAUUGGCGAAUUGGAGCCGGAGAAGGAUAUCACCGAAGUGGGCGGCAGCGAAUUGAGGCAGGAGUAUAUCGAAAACAUGCCGCCAAUCUCGGAAAUCUUCCGUGUCAGCGAUUUCGAGUACAUUGCUAAGAAAAUCCUUCCGCCAUCUGCAUGGUACUACUACUCGAGUGCCGCCGACGACGAAGUCACACUCAGAGAAAACCACAAUGCAUUUUCCAGGAUAUUCUUCAAGCCACGUGUGCUUGUGGAUGUCAGCAACGUGGACUUGUCAACCACCUUGAUGGGUCUGCCUGCCUCGGUGCCUUUCUACUCUUCAGCCACGGCACAAGGCAAAUUGGGCCAUCCAGAUGGCGAGUGCUCCAUUGCAAAGGGCUGUGGAAAAGAAGGCGUUAUUCAGAUGAUCUCGAACUACUCGUCGUAUCCCCUAGCGGACAUUGUGGGCGUUGCAGAGAAAAAUCAACCCCAGUGGUUUCAGGUGUACCAUGAAGGCGAGUCCAACUCGAAACUGUUGGUGUCAGAGUGCGACGAACUUGGCCUCAAGGGUAUUUUUGUCACCGUUGACACCCCGGAACUUGGGCGUAGAGAAAAGGAUAUGAGGUUACGUGCUCAGAUCGAGGCAAAUUCCGACUUGCUGGACGACUCCUCGGGAGCUCAAGAGCUCAAGUCUGCCGUUUCCUACGGUAAAGAUACCUCUGUGACGUGGAAAGACGUGGAAAAGAUUUCCUCGUGGACCAACAUUCCUGUGGCGGUCAAGGGAGUACAGAGUGUUGAAGAUGUCGUUUUAGCUGCAGAAAAGGGAGUGAAGGCGGUGGUGAUUUCCAACCAUGGAGGUCGCCAGUUGGACUAUAGCCGUGCUCCAGUGGAGGUUUUGGCAGAUGCCGUGCCUGUUCUUAAGGAAAAGGGCUUGGACGGCAAGAUUGACAUUUUUGUGGAUGGUGGAGUCAGACGUGGGUCUGACAUUAUCAAGUGUUUGGCAUUGGGGGCCAAGGGUGUGGGUUUGGGUAGGGUUUUCCUUUAUGCCAACUCUUGUUAUGGGGAGGAGGGUGUUAGAAAAGCCAUCGACUUGUUGAGGUCUGAAAUGAUUUUGGACAUGAAACUCUUGGGCGUGACAAAGAUAUCAGAACUCGGUCGGCAGCAUUUGGACUUGAGGAGCAUCCACAACAGGCUACCGCCUAACGACAACUUGUACAAUGGAAACUACGAGCCAUUAUCACCGCCAACUUUCCAGCACGAGCGUUAG